AUGCUCUCCGUGGCCUCCCUUCUAAAUCCUGCUCCCUCGGGGCCUUCAAUUCACAAUCGACUACUUCCAAGCCCUGCUUCGUCCGUCUCGCCAACUGCUUCACUUGCUGAUGAGCCUGUAUUCCUCGAUCGACCUAUGAUGCCGAAGCACAAGAUGGCAAAAGAUGCCGCGGUGUUCACAAAGGGGAAAGUCAAGGGUUCCGUGCACUUCUAUCCGUUCGAGAGGCUCGACGAUGCCUCCUUGCGUGAAGUCCAGAAGUACCAAGUAUUUCCCUUCGGGAAGAUACAGGAUUAUUGCCGGCACAUUCCAUACAACAGUGGGAAGAAGGACUUCUUCGAAAAGACUGGCCGAGAAAGUUUUGAAGUCUUUCAAUACGUUUUCAAGGUUCCUGGAGAUGACUCCGAGUAUGCCGUCAUGUGGGACUACAAUGUCGGCCUCACUACCCCGGCAAAGAUGCUUAAUAUGAAUCCUGGUCUCAAGGAGAUCACUCACAGUAUUACUGGCGGUUCGAUUAUGGCUCAAGGUUACUGGAUGCCCUUUCAGUGUGCAAAAGCUGUUUGCGCGACGUUCUGCCAUCAUAUCGCUGGUGCCCUAAUUCCUCUCUUCGGCCCAGAGUUCCCUUCCCAAUGUAUACCACCGGAGGCCCCUGAACACGGUCGCAUGAUUAUCGAUCCAGCUACUGUCAUCCAAUCGACCACAGAAGCUGAGCGCUACCGCCGGUUGUUCACAAAUAUGGUGACCUCCGCCGCCAAUGCUGUCCCAAAGAGGGAGCGUAAAAUUUUCAAAGGCGUCUACGAUGAUCAUCGGCAUUACCCCCGUCAUCGACUUCGCCGACCAUAUCUACAUUGCGACAGCCCCUACGUAACCGAUACGGAUGGUGAGAUCUCUCCGGCAUCUGUUCGAGUUUUGCAGGAUCGAUUCCAUUAUUCUAUACCACCUGUCGCUCAACAUCGCGUCCACAGCGGCUGGACACCGGCGAACGCAACACAUCACUAUGAUGCCCCUCCGCCGAGUCCUUGGCUAAGUGCCGUGCCAAGAUUCACGAGCAAUCAACCUUAUCAUCUUUGCACGCCUUCUCAGCCUUCAACCCAACCUCAUGUCCGGGAUGGACGUUAUCCUCGCAAUCACCCUCAGACAGUACAGGCGUACCCCCCGACCGCCAAUCAUUGGAGGCCAAAACGCUCCGCAGAACAUAUCGACACAGACUGCGAAUACGACGGUGGCGAGAGUAGGACUGCUACAGGACCCAGCACAGCAGCUACCAGCCCGCUAGAGAACAAGAUGAUGGAGUCUGCGAUUGGCGCUGAGAAAAAUGCAGCGCUGCUCCUCAUGAACCUGAGCGUCCGCGACGCAGGGGCCAAGAGAGAUGGGAAGGACUUAGGCACGACCUCGGAAACCGCUUCGCCGGUUGACACCGCAUUUCCGAGGGUUAAGAGGUCGAGGGCUAGCUCAAUGUGA